CCACUCGGCUCCACUUGGCUUUAUCUGCUGCAGCUCUUUUCUCCAGAAGGAUAUUAACACGAGUGGAGUGUUUUCUUUUCUCACUCAUGUGCUGUGAAAGGGAAGGUACGAAGGGGAAAGUCGUGGAAAGUUUUGGUUGUGUUCUUUUGGCUUGGACACCUGGGAUGGGUGAAGUUUUCGUGAAAAUGCCACAGAAACUCUCCAAAAGAAUGAAGUAAGCGCUAUGGAGCCGGGCAAUGGCGCGCACUCCACAAAGAAAGGCUCUGGAGUUUGGGGGAGAAUUCACAUUUGUUUGACUCUUCUUUGUUAUGGCUGCGUCACACGACUGACCCCGGCACAAGGUGUGGAUGUUUUGAAGCAGCUGGGGUUUUGUGGGACCUGGGCAGGACUCGUAUCUUCAGGCAGUGGGUCCGAUGGAGUCGCCCCCUGCAGGUGUGGAGUUCUCCUCACGGCACAGACGCAGGUCCAGGCUCCUCUGAACGCCGUUAUUCCUGCUCCUUUCAGCCUCAACAGUCUCUCGCUGGUCUUCACGCUCUCGGCUCAUCGCAUCCACAGCGCGUUUCUUUUCACAGUUUUGUCGAAGGAAAGGAAGAUGCAGUUUGGAGUUCAGCUCGGUCCUGGAGGGGUUUCUGUCCACGUGGGGGAAAGAAGUUUGGUUAGUUUCAACUAUGAUGUGUAUGAUGGCCAGUGGCAUCAUCUUUCUGUGAAUAUUGAAGGCCAGCUGGUGUCUUUGCUCACGCCUUGUGGAAAGAAAAACAUGUUUUUAAAACUUGAUUCUGAAAUAGUGGAGCCCAUGGACCCAGACGGCUUUUUCGUGCUGGGAGAUAAUAACUACAGCGCGUCUCCGUUUGAGGGAGCUAUCUGUCAGUUUGACAUUUAUCCCUCUGCGAAUGCAACGCAAAACUCUGAUUAUGUCAAUGAACAAUGCAGACAAGCUGACACAUUUCAGCCUUUGUUUUCACCUGGACUCCCUCUUGAUACUGACACAAACAUAACUGAGGUUUUGACUGAGCUCUCCAGAGAUUAUACUUUUAUUACACAACGCUCAAGGACUACAGCGGUUUCCACUGACUACACAAAAAUGCUGAUCACAACAUUUAUACACGAGGAUGUAGACUCUCUGGCAACAACCUCUGGAACCGUUUCAUCAGUGGAUCAUGAAGGAUCAGACAUGUCCCUGAAACAUGAUGCUCCUCAAACACAGAACGAUAAACCUGGAAACAGAGUCAAAGACGGACAACGAAAAGACACGACUUUACAAUCAGCUUUUUCUGCUGCACCAAAGGAUAAAACUGUAUUUGAAACCAGUACGACGUCUUCACCCAUAUUUGUCACAGAUAAAAUCCAGCCUGAGAAUACCAUCUGUUUAAACGGUGCCAAUGGGCAGGAGGCCAGAGUGACGCCCUCUUGGCUCAGCUCGACUCCGGCUGCAGAUGAUUCUCAAACACUUAAUGUGGAGCCCACUCAAGUCUCACUGUUAGUGGGACCACCAGGACUGAGGGGGGAGCCAGGACGUCCGGGACUUCAGGGGUUUCCGGGGGCACCAGGAAAGCCGGGGAAAAGAGGACCGGUUGGUCCCUCGGGUUCAUAUGGACGACCAGGCCCCACCGGCGCUCCUGGAAUAAAGGGACAGAAAGGAGACCCCGGACUGUCCCCUGGUCUGGCUCCUAAAGGACAAAAAGGGGAGCCUGGGGUUAUGUCCAUCCACGGAAAACCUGGCACUGCUGGUAGAAAGGGACGGAAAGGUUACGCCGGAUCACCUGGAUAUCCUGGUGAACCUGGUGAACGAGGAGAGGAAGGAAGUGAAGGCGCCAAAGGCUAUCCCGGAAGGCAGGGCUUACCUGGACCUUUGGGGAAACCUGGACCGAAAGGAGUCCAGGGCCACAUUGGUAUUCCUGGUGUUUUUGGCUUUCCUGGUGCUGAAGGUGACAGAGGGAUUCCAGGCGUGCCCGGGCAGAAGGGGAAGACGGGUCGUCCGGGGUUUCCCGGUGCCACUGGGAUCAGGGGACCUCCAGGACUCGAUGGAAACCCAGGUGAACUGGGAGCGGUUGGUCCUCCUGGGGUUUGUGGUGUUCUCGGAGACCUCGGUUUUGUCGGCGUGAUGGGACGUCCAGGACAAAUGGGACUCACGGGUGCACCAGGAAACCCCGGAGAGCCAGGAAUGAAAGGUGAUAAGGGGGAUCUGGGCUCACCUGGAGAACCUGGACAGACGGGGUUUCAAGGUGACAAGGGCGUUCUAGGAUCUCCGGGGUCAAAAGGUCCAUCUGGAAAACCCGGGCCAAAGGGCGCUCCCGGGGACAAAGGCCUGACUGGUUUUCCUGGUGAAUCUGGACCAGAGGGAUUUCCUGGAGAUAUUGGGCCCUCGGGUCUAAACGGUCGACAGGGACUCAAGGGAGGAAAAGGCUCCAGAGGUUCACCGGGUCCAAAGGGAGAGUCUGGUCGUCAGGGAGAUGAUGGACCUGUUGGUCCUUUUGGACUUCCUGGACAAGUCGGCCGAGCUGGAAGACAGGGAUUCUCUGGACUGACAGGACCAGAUGGACCUGAGGGCGACGGGGGGAUCACUGGUCAAACUGGACACUUUGGCGAGAUGGGGCCACUGGGCCUGAUUGGGCCUCGUGGGGCCUCAGGUGUUUUGGGGGAAAAGGGAGCUCGGGGCGAGGUCGGGGCCUCAGGACCUCCAGGAGAACAGGGGGCCAUGGGUCAUGAGGGGCUUUCAGGGGGCGCUGGUGAGCCUGGUCUGCAGGGAAACCCUGGGCCUCCUGGUCCUCGAGGAUGGAGAGGCGUCAAAGGACUCAAAGGUAUCAUGGGUCCGAGGGGCCUGGACGGACACGAGGGACUGAAAGGACCUGUGGGUGAAAAAGGCUCUGUGGGUCCAUCAGGAAAAUGUGGCCUCUCUGGGGAAAUGGGUAAACUGGGAGAACCUGGAGAAAGUGGACCUCAGGGACAUCCUGGCAUUCGUGGCCCUUCUGGAUCCGUGGGAGUCAGAGGAAUAACAGGAAACACAGGGGCAGCAGGACCUCCAGGAGCAGAGGGGGUGCGGGGGGAGACGGGGCUGAGGGGGCCGGCGGGGAAGUCGGGAGAGAGGGGAGGAGCGGGGGAGCCUGGGGAAAAGGGCGACACCGGUUCAGCUGGAAAUACAGGAGCUCAGGGUAUGACCGGCCUAAGAGGUGAAAAUGGCCUUUCUGGAUCAGAGGGUGAAAAAGGAGAUCCAGGUGAAACUGGACUCAAAGGAAAAGAGGGAACCCCGGGGCCUCUGGGAUUGGUCGGUGUGAGGGGUCAGGAGGGGAAACCUGGCACAAUCGGAGAGAAAGGAAAACCAGGACUGAAGGGGCGCCAGGGUUACCAAGGUCAUCUGGGGGAGGGUGGACAGCCCGGAGAGCAGGGGCAAAGGGGGCUCCUGGGGCUGAAGGGGAGCAGAGGAACCACAGGGCCACUGGGUCGACCGGGGCUGAGGGGGAAAGAAGGCGACACGGGGACACGAGGAUUAGAGGGUCAUACGGGACCAGAGGGAACAAUGGGACGUCCUGGGCCAAAAGGUGAAAAGGGUGAACGGGGACAGGACGGCGCCGCUGAAGGCCCGGCCGGUCCUCAGGGGGUCAGAGGCUCAGUUGGAGACAGAGGAGAACGAGGAGAACCUGGAGACCCUGGACACGCCGGCCAAACUGGUGUAGAUGGAGAAAGAGGGAUCACUGGACCUCCGGGGAAUCAUGGGAAUCCAGGGCCAAAAGGACGACAAGGAAUAAAAGGACAAAAAGGUGAUCAAGGUCAGAAAGGAAACUCUGGACCACGAGGUGCAUCUGGGUCCAAAGGGCAACAGGGUCCGGACGGGGACCCUGGUCCACGGGGGGCUGUGGGCAGUGAAGGACUUGAGGGGUCAACAGGAGAAGACGGAUCUCCUGGACAAAAUGGAGGAAGAGGUAUAAAGGGAGACGCAGGAGACACUGGGACGCUGGGAUUCACAGGUCUCACCGGACUCCGAGGUAAAGGUGGUUCAGCGGGACGUCCUGGAAUCCACGGCUCCACUGGACCGAAGGGAGAAACGGGUCGACCGGGUGAAUCUGGACGCUCAGGACAGACAGGUUCUGUUGGUGCGGUGGGAUUACCCGGAAAACAAGGAGCAAACGGAGCCAAAGGACAAUCUGGCGAUGUCGGGGAACACGGGUAUCCAGGGAUCCUCGGUUUCUUCGGACCAAAGGGACCCCGAGGAGACACGGGUCCUAAAGGGAUACAGGGGCCAAAGGGACCAAGUGGACUGAGGGGGAUGGGCGGAGCUGCCGGUCCUGUCGGCAUCACCGGGCCCAGCGGUCAACCUGGUCAUCAGGGCAACAAAGGAAGUCCAGGAGACACGGGGUUGCCAGGUCAGAUGGGAUCACCUGGACCUCAAGGACCUCCAGGAGCUCCAGGUUUGCCUGGUUCCGUCCUGUCAUUGAAAAAUGAGGCUCUCGGUGUCACUUUGGAGAUCAUCAUGGACUCGUAUGCGUUUCUAAACUCUGAGAAUUAUCACGACACGGAGCGAGCGAUGCUGGACCAGAGCACAGACGUCCUCCAGACUCUGCAGCAUCUCAGCACUUUCCUCCACAGUUUAAAGGAGCCAGUGGGAAACCGUGACAGUCCUGUGAGGAUCUGCAAAGACCUGCACAACUGUCAGCGGAAAAUGAAAGACGGAAGUUACUGGAUUGACCCAAACCUCGGCUGCAACGCUGACGCCAUAGAAGUGACCUGCAACUUUACGGCAGGAGGACAGACGUGUUUAAACCCCGUCACAGCGUCAAAGCUGGAGAUGAACGUCGGUCGUAUCCAGAUGAAUUUUAUCCACCUGUUGAGCUCUGAAGCUGUGCAGCACAUCGUCAUUCACUGUCUCAACAUGAGUGUGUGGAGCACCGGACCCUCAGCGCAGCCGUCAGACGUCACUUUUACAACCUGGACUGGUCAGAAGAUUCAGGCUGGAGAUCUUCUGCAGCCCCUUGUGCCCAGAGACGACUGUGGGAUCAAGGACGGCCUCUGGCACCAGACUCACUUCAUCUUCAAAAUGGACCCACACUUUCUCCCCAUCGUUCACGUGUCCAGUGCUGCAGAAACAGAACUGAGCGCUCGCUUUCGUCUGGAGGUCGGGCCGGUGUGUUUUCUAUAAUGUGGAAAUACACACUGAGAAAGUGGUUUUAAAUUUACCUUGGACAAAACAUGCUUGGACUACUGAAAUACAUGUUAUAAUGAAGGUUAAAACAUUCAGAAAUGGAAAACGGACUGAUUAACGUACAGUGUUUUCAAGACUGAAGGGCAAAAAUCAAGCCAUACAUUUCUCCUUCAGGAAGAGGUUUCAUGUCCUCUGUUCAACGCAAUAUUUCCAAUACUUUUGUUUGUACAAGGCUGCAAUAUUUUGAAACAAAGCGCCUGUAUUAACUGUG